CUGCUAAACGUUGUUAGGCUUUAGCUUCUGGAGAGCGUCAGAGAGGGAACGAGGGCGGCUACAUUUUUGCAAUGCCGAAUAAAGCGAAAAAAGAGAAGGAGUCGGGAAAAGUUGUAAAAACUGGAGGUCAAGAAAACGACCAUGAGCAGGGUUCCAAUAGGAAAGGCAGUAACAGCGUCCCUCCCGCCACUCAGCUGCUGAAGGGCAAGCAGCCGGGUUCCCAGAUGCCGGUCAAGAAGGACAAGAGGCAGAGCUCGUCCCGCUUCAGCCUCAGUAACAACAGAGAGCUGCAGAAGCUGCCUGCCUUCAAAGAUGUCCCUCCGGCGGAGCAGGAAAAGUUGUUUGUCCAGAAGCUGCGUCAGUGCUGCGUCCUGUUUGACUUUCUGUCGGACCCUCUGAGCGACCUGAAAUGGAAGGAGGUGAAGCGGGCAGCGCUCAGCGAGAUGGUGGAGUACAUCACCCACAACAGGAACGUCAUCACAGAGCCCAUCUACCCAGAGGUGGUGCACGUGUUUGCAGUGAACAUGUUCAGGACAUUGCCUCCAUCAUCCAACCCCACAGGGGCUGAGUUUGACCCAGAGGAGGAUGAGCCCACUCUAGAGGCUGCGUGGCCACACCUCCAGCUCGUCUACGAGUUCUUCCUCCGGUUUCUGGAGUCUCCAGACUUUCAACCAAAUGUGGCCAAGAAGUAUAUCGACCAGAAAUUUGUAAUGCAGCUAUUGGACCUGUUUGACAGUGAAGACCCCAGGGAAAGGGACUUUCUAAAGACCACUCUGCAUCGCAUCUAUGGGAAGUUCCUGGGCCUGAGAGCGUACAUCAGGAAACAGAUCAAUAACAUAUUCUAUAAGUUCAUUUAUGAAACAGAACGUCAUAACGGAAUAGCAGAGUUAUUGGAAAUAUUAGGAAGCAUAAUCAAUGGCUUUGCCUUACCGUUGAAAGAGGAGCACAAGAUUUUCCUGUUGAAAGUGUUGCUGCCUUUACACAAAGUCAAGUCCCUUAGUGUCUAUCACCCACAGCUGGCUUAUUGCGUGGUGCAGUUUCUAGAGAAGGACAGCACUCUCACAGAACCGACGGUGAUGGCUCUGUUGAAGUACUGGCCGAAGACACACAGUCCAAAGGAGGUGAUGUUCCUCAAUGAGCUGGAGGAAAUCCUGGACGUCAUCGAACCCUCCGAGUUCGUCAAGGUCAUGGAGCCUCUCUUCAGACAGCUGGCCAAGUGUGUGUCCAGCCCUCACUUCCAGGUGGCAGAGAGAGCGCUGUACUACUGGAACAAUGAGUACAUCAUGAGUUUGAUCAGUGACAAUGCUGCCAGGAUCCUCCCUAUCAUGUUCCCCUCGCUCUACCUCAACUCCAAGACCCACUGGAACAAGACGAUCCACGGUCUAAUAUACAACGCCCUGAAGCUCUUCAUGGAGAUGAACCAGAAGCUUUUUGAUGACUGCACACAGCAGUUCAGAACAGAGAAGAACAAAGAGAAGGCCAAGUGGAAAGAGAGAGAAGAGGCGUGGGUGAAGAUUGAGAAUCUGGCCAAGUCCAACCCUCAGUUCCUGGUGUACGUGGACCCGUCAGACCUGGGUAGUCCUAUGGAGACAGACGGACCAAUGAUGGAGGAUGUUAACAUCUUGAAGAAGACCAUAGAGGAAGAAGCCACGCAGCUCCAGAGGAACGAGCGUAAGGAGCGUCCGCUGGUCAGGAGGAAGUCUGAGCUGCCUCAGGACAUCUCCACCGUCAAGGCCCUGGAGACGCACCGGAGGGCCAAUGAUAUGGUCACACCACACGACGGACACUAAAGACACACGCACGUACACGAACAAACGCGUACAGACAGUCUCUCUCUUUCUCACACACACAUACAGUCGCACACACAGACGUACAGACAGUCUCUCUCUCUCUCUCUCUUUCUCACACACACACACGUACACACAUACAGUCGCACACACAGACGUACAGACAGUCUCUCUCUUUCUCACACACACAUACAGUCGCACACACAGACGUACAGACAGUCUCUCUCUCACACACACACAUACAGACGUACAGACAGUCACACAUACAGUCAGACACCACAUACUGACAGACAGACCAGCCCCGGGGGGCCCAGAACAGUCCAUCACAGACAAGGUCCAGACCAGAAUAGAACAAAACAGAAUGGCCUGGCUGAAAGAAGCUGCAGCUCAAACAACUCCACCAGUCCAACUCUGAAGUGUUCCCCAGUUCGCUACAGCCCUGCCCAGAGAUGUCAAUGGCACAGGACUGUAUGGCAUGACCACCAAACAUGACAUUGUUGCCCUCCCUCCCUCUCUCUGUCUUGUAAAAGCAGUGCUGUCCCCUUGUGGUCAUUUUUCUCAGGUCUUCUGUUAUUGUUUUAAUUUGUUGGGUUCUUUCUGUUUUUCUCUCAUCCUCAUUCUAGAUGUCAUGUGCACUGGCAAUAGGAUUGGCAGACAGACAUGUAUUAUAGAUGCAUACUGUACGUAAUGGGCGAAGGAAGAAGCAGUUUAGUCUCCUCUCUCUCAGCAUAGAGAGUAAAGCACAGUCCUUCUCUCUCAUGUUUAUUCUUUGUUGCCUAGUUACUGCUGCUAUUGCCAUAAGUGUAAUCUUUUUCUUGUGUUCUGCUAGGAUUGAUUUGAUGGGAGGGGAAUUAUUGGGGACCGCCAAGAGACGUAAUAAAGUUGUGGCUCUAAAUGUGCUUGGCUUAGUGAAAGGGGGGUUCUUCUGUCCACUGGACAUCAGCUGAUCUGUACAGACCUAGUUUGGUUCCAACCUCACUCUUGCUUUUUUUUAAACUUAUCCACCCUUUCUUAGCUGUAUGAUAUUGUAGGCAAUAAGUUGCAGUGUGUUUGGUUCGAACAAUGGUUAAUGGUUUUCUAAGACUGAGGGCACAGCACAUCAAUUGUUUUCUGGAUCCAUUGGAGUUUACUGUCCAUGUGAACACGUCAAUCCCAUUCCCUGUCGGUCUGUUCAUGUCUUCAUUCGUAAUCAGUAUAGAUCAAGACAUCCAAGUCAUGUUAGUGUUGUGAAAGCUGAGGUCUGUGUUCUAGUUCAGUGUUUACAGACUCCCAUUGAGCUGUAGUGUGGGAGGAGCUGUACUGGGCUACACACAGAGGAAUACCUGCUCCUCACUGCUCUCUACUCUUCAUAACCAAGACCCCUCUCUUUCUGAUGUUGCUUUUAUACCUUGGUAACUAAGUAGCCUAGUUCAGUCACAUAAGAUCAUUCUGUCUGUAGUCAGUCAAAAUUCAUCACAAGCCUUUCCUUUCAUAGUGCCUUUAUUGUACAAGUGGCUAAACUGAGAGUAGAAUAGCAGUGUUAUGUGAAUGCAGAACCAAGUUCAAUUUAGCAUUAGCUUCCCAACAGACCAGAGAGACGCACGUUGAAACACAAUGACACUCACACCUACCCACAGAGUAUGUAGGGCCAUGUUUAGUGUAAAAUGCAUACAAGUUGUUUUUGUUAAAUCUACAAAGCAGAUCAGUGACUGUGGUCGAGCUAGAGAGGAGUGGGUAAGCCCCAAAGACUUAAGAUAGAAGCACUUCCUGAUAAAACUUGAAGAAUAAAAACCCAAGAUCCAAAAUGAAUUAAUAAUUCGUGCUGUCUGGUCUGUUUAGUUACGUCAGUUCCUCUGUGUGCCUGAUGAAAAACGUGUAGAGAAGGAUGCUUCUCAUUCAACCUGAUCUUAUUACCCCUCGCCCUGUUCCAUUUAGGAUGUCCCCCAAAUGGCACCUAUUCCCCUAUGGACCGUGAUCGAAAAAAGUGCACUAUAUAGGAAAUUGUGUACCAUUUUAAGAUGCACCAUUGUUUGAGUCCCCAGACAGACAUGCACUCUGGCUGUAUCCCUGUAGAGAAGCUCUGUGUGUGAGACACUACUUCUGGAUGUGUGCAGGGUCUUUUCCAUUGCCUGCAAAAACUCUGAUGUUCAGAUUGAAUGUGCAAAUUGUAAAUAUAUUACUAUCACGAUGUUUCACUCUCUUUCUAGAUUGUUUUCUUUGUCUUAAAGAAUAUCAUUCACCAUAAAUGUAUGCCACCCCCAACUAUUUUGCUGUAAAAUUACUGAAAGGAGGUAUAGAGUGCUUUUAUAGAUGGCACCAACAAAACUGGAUGGCACCAGGGUUUUGGGUCAAUUUAAGGAAGUUAUCUGAAAUACAAAUGUUCCUCAUUGCUUCACAGAGGAGAAUUGUAAUUUCAGUUUCCUGAAUGUGAAUGGAUCCCUGGCUGUUCCCAGUGUCCUGUUGGUGACUGUUGUUCUUCAUCAAAUUGCGUUAAUAUUGUAGCCUCUGUGGCGCUCUCUAUAUUUUACAUACAGUGCAUUUUGAAAGUAUUCAGACCCCUUGACUUUAUCCACAUUUUGUUACGUUACAGCCCAAUUCUAAAAUGUAUUAAGUUGUUUUCCCCCUUAUCAAUCUAAUCACAAUACCCCAUAAUGACAAAGCAGUUUUUUUUAUAUAUAUAUAUAAAUUUGGGCAAAUUUGGUAUUAUUUAUUUUUUAAUCUAGCACAUUUACAUAAGUAUUUAGACCCUUUACUCAGUACUUUGUGGAAGUACCUUUAGCAGUGAUUUCAUUCUUCUUGGGUAUGAUGCUACCAGCCUGGUGCUACACCUGUAUUUUGGGAAUUUCUCCCAUUCCUCUCUGCAGAUCCUCUCAAGCUCUGUCAGGUUGGAUGGGGAGCAUUGCUGCACAGCUAUAUUCAGAACUCCCCAGAGAUGUUCGAUUGGGUUCAAGUCCAGGCUCUAGUUGGGCCACUCAAGGCCAUUGAGACUUGUCCUGAAGCCACUCCUGCAUUGUUUUGUCUGUGUGCUUAGGGUCGUUGUCCUGCUGAAAUGAGAAUCUUUGCCCCAGUCUGAGGUCCUGAGUGUGAUGAUAAUCCUGUUCCAGAAAUGGUCUUGCUGUACUUUUCUCUGUUCAUCUUUGCCUCAAUCCUGACUAGUCUCCCAGUCCCUGCUGCUGAAAAACAUCCCCACAGCAUGAUGCCACCACCACCAUGCUUCCAUGUAGGGAUGGGGCCAGGUUUCCUCCAGAUGCUUGGUAUUCUGGCCAAAGAGGUUGAUCUUUGUUUCAUCAGAGCAGAGAAUCUUCUUUGUCAUGGUCUGAGAGUCUUCAGUUGCUUUAUUGCAAACUCCAAGCAGGCUGUCGUGCCUUUUUACUGAGUGGCUUUCUUCUGGCAACUCUACCAUAUAGGUCUGAUUGGUGCAGUUCUGCAGAGAUUGUUGUCCUUCUGGAAGGUUCUCCAAUCUCAACAGAGGAGCUCUGUCAGUGACCAUUGGGCUCUUGGUCACAUCCCUGACCAAGGCCCUUCUCCCUAGACCGCUGAGCGGCCAGCUCUAGGAAGAAUCUUGGUGGUUCCAAACUUCCUCUAAGAAUGGAGGCCACUGUGUUCUUGGGGACCUUCAAUGCUGCAGAAAUGUUUUGGUGCCCUUCCCCAGAUCUGUGCCUCGACACUCCUGUCUCAGAGCUCUACGGACAAUUCCUUUGACCACAUGGCUUGGUUUUUGCUCUGAUAUGCACUGCAACUGUGGGACCUUAUAUAGACAGGUGUGUGCCUUUCCAAAUCAUGUCCAAUCAAUUGAAUUUACCACAGAUGGACUCCAACCAAGUUGAAGAAACAUCUCAAGGAUGGUCCAUGGAAACAGCAUGCACCUGAGGUCAAUGUUUCGUCUCAUAGAAAAGGGUCUGAAUACUUGUGUAAAUAAGAUAUUUCUGUUUUUUUUAAUAAAUUGGCAAACUUUUUUUUUUUUUUUAAACUGGUUUCCCUUUUGUCAUUGUGGGGUUCUGUGUAGAUCGCUCAGUAUUUUUUUCUCCUUACAUUUUAGAAUAAGGCUAGUGUGGGAAAAGUCAAGGGUUCUGAAUACUUACAGUGCGAAGGCACUGUAUGGUUUUGUUUAUUUUGAAAAGAAUGAUUCUGUGUCUUUUGGUAUACACCCUGUAUGAUAAUUGGCCUCAUCUAAUAUUGUACAUAUAAUGUACUUUUAUUUUGUUAUAGCUACUACAUGGUAGAUGUAAUAUUUUGUACAGAAUGUCCCCUGUGUACAGAAAACAACGGUUAUUAGCUACCACAGUUGAUGUGACACAGAUGUCAACACGUGACCUAUAUGCAUUUAGGACAGUUUUGAAUUUGGAUUCUACUAUUUUUUUAUCGAUUUGUAAUCAAGAUUUUCUUUGUUUCAGCAUUUUAAAGUAUGUGAUGAGUUCCUACAUACAUCUGCAUUGUGUGUGCUUUUAUCCAAAUUCUCCAGUGGUGUACAUCUAUCUAGCUGUAUAUGGUAAAUAAAGAGAACAUGUGAGUUUUUAUAUUUUCA